AUGCCUCAACUUCCGCUCGUUCUUCCCGGUACUCCGCCCUUGUCCGGAACCACAACGCCGCUGACAGACGAGCAUCAGAUACCCAAAUUCAGCUUCAGCAACGACUUUCUGACCGAGACCGCGAACCUCAAGUCUGACACGGCAACACAGACUGUUCCCAGUCCCACGUCCGAUCCAACGCCAUCCCGGCUGCCUUUCAACGACAACAUCAUCACAAUUCAGAGCCUACAGCACAUCAGCAAGGGCGGCGUCCGAAGCACACGGCCGUUGUCAUACUACGAUCCCGGCGAGAGCAAACCUCCCACACCCCCCGGGGCUGAAGGGCACUCGUCCUAUUUCGCAACCGGCUCCGGCGAAGGCCGCGUAGGAUUCACCAACACAAUGUCGCAGGGUGCAUCCGUGCCACAAAUGUCGUUGCUCUCCCAGGCGAUGCAACAACAUCUUGCACGGCAGCAAAUGGAGGGCUUGCCGAACAACGAUCAAGCAUCCAUUCACAGCGCAGCUCACACACCAAGCGGAUCAGCUCUACCAUCGCCAGCGUUUGCUGGGCCCAGCUCUCCAUUCACAUUUGCUGGAGCGCCUGGCUCGGAGGCUGGCAUGCGACCGCCUCUGCCUCAUCAGAACAGUUACGGAGCUGCCGUCGCGCAAAUGCAGCAGCCUUUUGGGCCAUACAUGAACCAUGGCCAUAAUCGACGCCAAAGUGGCUACACCACCAACCCGCAUUCGGCUGCCCCAAGCGCCGGUCCUUCGCGGUCUUCAUCGCCUUCACGAGCGACGCAGACCAUGCCCAAUCUGCCUCUCGACACAUCUCACCAGAUGGGGAUGCCGCACAACGCCGCUCGCAGCCUCGGUCAGAACCAGCAGCCGAGCCCAAGCCAGCUGGGCGGCGCGGACUAUAGCUCUACCUAUGGAAGUCAACGCACCGUCAACGGAUUUGGCCCGCCUCAUAGCAGCGCCAAUUCCGGCAUGGCACCCACGCCCGACUCUUGGACCAAUCAGCAAAGUCUUGGAUACGUACCGACGGCACAAACCCCGUAUGGAUCUCAGCAGACCUCAAUGAUGCCUCCUGUUGGUUUCCAACCGGUUUCGCACGGCCGACAUCAGUCGCAUCCAGGGCAGCAGCAGCAGUCGCAGCAUGGACAGCCGCAGCAUGGACAGCCACCUUUGCUGCAGCUGUCUCAGCCACCACCUCAAUUCAGCAGCUAUCGCGGUGCACCUGACGCUUUACUGUCUCCGGAAACAGCGUCAUCCGACUUUGCUGGCUUCUUUUCGGCACCUCCUCCAGCAACGUCAGUGGCUGGACCAGGUUCCACCAACACAAUGGGCUCGACAGUGCAACAACCUGGCACCAGCAGCCGCCAGUCGACUGCCGAGACCCGAUCUCGAACCAGCACCGCGUUCACCGAGGAUCUUAGCAACGUGGCAGCAGCGAUCCCUGGCAGUCUCAACAUGAGCCGACGAGGUUCUGCAGGCGCUGAGGACGAUGCCGAGGACCAAACCCUCGAUCCGGACGAGAUGUCCAAGAAGGAUCCGCUUGCAACGCAGGUGUGGAAGAUGUAUGCCAAGCAGCGCUCGCAGCUUCCCAACGGGGCUCGCAUGGAGAAUCUCACGUGGAGGAUGAUGGCUAUGACGCUGCGAAAGAAGAAGGAGCAGGAGGCUCUGGAGGCAAAGCAGGCGCUCGAUGCGCAAUCCAACGCCAGCAGAAGCCACGCUUCCAGCGCCCGCCAUUCGCCCACCCUCUCGUCCAAGUCGGCUGCAGGCUCUCGAAGGAGCAGCGGAUCCUUCCCUGGCGAGGUCUUCGCCGGCGGAUUCACCGCCAUCAAAGCGGAGGCAGCAGAUCAUCCUGAUUCUCAUAUCCGUGCCGCCAGCGGCAACGUGGCCAAGGGCAAGACUCGCUUUGCCGAGGUGGUCCAACAGGAAGAGGAGGAACGUGGACGUCGAGGACGCAGCCCAAGGACGCCAGAGAGCACAGCCCCACCGGCAGGAGCUGUGGACAUCGUGGAUUGGAGGAUGAAGAGCAAGAGUCGCUCCCGUUCGCGUUCGGUCAGCGCCAUGGACGUCGACUGGCGCGGGGUCAGCAGGUCGCGCUCGCGUGCGCCGGCUCGUUUGGAUACCAUCGAGGAUGAAGGCGCCCUGGAUGGCACGGGUGCCUUCAGCCGAUCCGCUCCCAACCCCAACGCUGCAUCCGCUUUCAAUUUCGCCGACCUCGCUGCCUUCGACGACACGGAUGCCUUUGGCGCCUUUGACAGUGCCCUCGAUACCGACGACUUCACCGACCUGCUCAAGUCCAAUGGCCAGCUGGGCGGUGAUGGCUUCCAGAUUCCGAGUGCCAUGGGGCCAGCUUCAGGAGGCAACUUUGACGUCGGCUCAGCAGGGCCGGGCAGCUCGAAGAGGACCGCAAGUGCCGUACGAAAAGCUCAGAUACAGACUGCUUUCCGCAAAGCAGCACACACCGACCUCUUUGGUGCAGAUCUGGAUGCGUGGUAUGAAGCUGCAGAGGCAUCGUCCAGAGCAGCCGAAGCCAAGAAGUUGAGUCUCGACAUGGCCUCGAUCGGAGCAGCUAAUAGCUUUGGAGCACCGUUCUCGACCCUCGAUAGCAUUCCUGGCAUUGGAGACUUUGUCGGCAUCGCCGCUAACCAGCACCCCGAGUACGGUUUCCUUCCCAGACUGGUGCGCAAGACCAGCUUCGAUCAUAAGGUAAGGGAAAGGAGCAUGUCGCGCGGUCCGCGUCGCGACCAGCUCGCCGCCGAGGCGAUGAACAAUCGCAAACGCCCUUACAGGGAUGAUCUCUCGCCAGCCAGACCCGCCAUCCAAGUGCCUAUCACGAUCGACCAGCGCAUCGCUGCUGGACUCUCGCGAAGUAUUGCAACGCUCGGCGGACGUGGUGCUGGCCCCUCGCAGCUUUCCAAUGUGCCAAUGUCCACUUUUGAUUUCGCUGUGCCCCAUCCUGGCGGCGGCAUGAACCCGCAGCAGAUGCCAAUGGGCGCGAGUGGACCCAUCCCGGGUCCCAACCAGCGCGGUAACGAGGUGACGACCGACUUUGACAGCUUGCUCGAGACUUAUGCCUCUCAAGCUGGCACGCCGCUCGCGAGUCCUGCGGGCAACUUGAUGGCAGGCACCAGCGCCUCUCCUCAGGCAGCGUUGGGCAGUGGAUCGGGCGCUUCCCCCGUCACCAAUUCGGCUGGACCUGGCCAUGCGAUGAUGGGCAAUCUGCAAGGUGGCGCACAGAAUCCGUCUGAUUUGGAGGCGAUCAUGAAUAUGUUUUACAACUCGGACGCUGGUCUUGGCGGGCCACAGCCGUCGUUCACGCACAUCAAUCCGAACCAAGUCUUUGGCGGUGGACCCAUGGACGCGAUGUCGGGCUCACUGGGAAACCUCACUGGAUCUGGCGAUGAGGCGUCCUCUUCCUGGACAUACAGUCCAUCGAGCAGCGCGCCUUCCAACGGGGCCACACCACCCGGACUGCAGCAGUCGCAAUACCAGUCAUCUCCCUUGGCAGGCGGGUACCGUCGCGAGCCACCCCUUGCUCCCGAGACUUCGGGCUCCGGUUCUUCGCGGUCGAAUGCUUCUCCCAGCAUGCAGGCGAUUCAGAAGGCUGCGGCUUUGAGCGAAGCGUCGCGCACAAAGAAGUUGGGCGUAAUGCCAGGUGGCCAGGCUUCUGCGUCCGGUGGUCCGAACGGCGUGCAUGUACGCUCGGUUUCUGGACCAGGUUCGGGACCCUCGACGGGGUCCGGCGUCAACCUCAAGGAUCUUCCGUCGGCCAGCUCCAUGGCCACAGCCGAUCCGCCUACAGUGUGCUCAAACUGCCACACCACCAAGACGCCUUUGUGGCGUCGUGAUCCCGAGGGCCAGCCACUUUGCAAUGCGUGCGGUCUGUUCCUCAAGCUGCACGGAGUGGUGCGCCCGCUAUCGCUCAAGACCGACGUCAUCAAGAAACGCAACCGUGCCAGUGGUGCUCAGCGUGCGGAUGCUCGAGGUCGCGGCUCGAUCAGCGCUGGUGGGGCCAACGCCAACAUUGCGCCUGCCGGCGGACACGGUGGUGGUGCAGGUGGCUCGACUGCUAAGAACGGUGCUGGCGGCGCUGGAGCCCCAUCCAACUCGAAUGCCGGCCAACCCGGACGAAGCAGAGCAAACACAAACGGCUCAAUCUCCGGUAUCAGGACGGGGAACGUACCCAUUGCUCCUGCACCCAACCCGCCUGUUUCGUCGCCCGGUAGCACGGGUCUGUCGUCCAGCAAAAUCGAGAUGAAGCGUCAGAGGAAGUGA